UAAGAGGUCCAGUGUCCUGGUGAAGGACCUUUUGCCUGCGCUCCUCGAGUCGGCGGGGAAGCCGCCGGCCUCGGUCCCGGUCCCGAGAGUCCCUGUUUCCCCGCUGCUGCCGCAGAGCAGGUGCUGCCAGAAAAGGAGCCGGCCCCACAGCCCUUUGAUGAGCUGGCGGCACCGCCGGGCCGCAGCGCCCCAUUCGCAUGCUAAUGGCCCACCGUGCUCUCCGCGGCUUCCAAGACUAACAGAGAAGCUAACAGUGUAGUCCUCGCAAGGACCGAGCCCGGACGAACAAUUCUUCCAAAAUAGUUUGGGCCCUAAACAAUCUGGUAAGACAUGCAGUACAGUGUCGCCUCCUCCUCCUCCCAAAGUGUGGAUUCGUUAACCCGUCUCCUUGCUCAUCAUAUCCCCGUAGGGCUGAGAGACGAAUUACUGGAUCUGAAUUGGGAGGGGAUUGCUCUAUGAGGGGGCUAAUGUUUCAAUCAGUUCAUCCUGAAGGACCACACAAAAAGAAACUUCUUCGUUUAUGGUGCUAUUAUGCAGAGUUUUAAUCUAGGGAUAGAUUUAGCCAAAUGUUAUCUAUUGGGAAUUUAAUGAAGCCCUUAUGUAUUCAAUCGUCUUUUAUGCCACACACAGUGUCUCUAUCCAGAAACGUUUCCUUCCACAUAGUUCUUUGUUUCUGAUGGGUGAUUUAUAUACUUUUAAUUAGGUUUUUAAAAAAUUAUUUCUUUUCAAGUAUCUUGUAUAACUUUUCUCUUAAACAGGACUGUGUUAGGUCCCUUCCCACAUCCCCUAUAAAAGAGGUUUUCCCUUCCCUCCCUGGUUUCAAAUACGAUUAGUUUGCACGUCUACACACUGCACCCUUUCCAGUGGAGAGCUCCUGCUGCCUUGUGCAGAGGGGCCGGUCAUCGUGCCCUCUCUGUCGACAUCGCCGUGGGCUGCGACGGGCUGCGCAGCCUGGGGGUCCGGCCGAGACCCGUGGCUCCCGUGCACAGCUCCCCGGCCCUGAAACUGCUCUCAACCCAAACCAUUCCCACCCGCACCUCCUUUGGACCACACCUUCGAUCUCGUUUGUAUUUUAGGUGCAAUGAGAAGCACUCCUGGGGUCAGCGGGGUGCACAUCCCGUGCUUGCAGACUGGUUUCAAAUACCCAGGUCCAGCACACAUCACCCAGUCCGGAAGACGAAAGAGGGGAGCGAGGCCCUCACCUGAUCUCAGCUGCUCCCUUUCUUGCAGAGCUAGUGGCGAGGGCAGAGCGCAUGGUCGCCCCCGUAGAGACUGAGGCCUCUUCGGGGGAUCUGUGGGAAAGUGGAUCUGUCUCUUGGCACGGCCCGGAGACUCCACUUCGUAUGUAAUACUUUCCCUCAGUACUUACAGUAAGUACUGCUGUAGUCUCUGAUAAUAUUGCAUUUGACAGAAAUAAUGGAAAUUAUGAUCUUGGCCAAGCCCUUUCUGCUCUGGAACUUGCUAACCAAUGCAGAUCCGUUUUUCAGCUUGUUCACAGUGGCUCCCCCACCUGCAGUGGUAUUUCCUCUGCUUCCCUCGGCGACGGCCGGCCGCACACACCAUCGGAACCCGAGCACCGGCGGGGACCGGCUGCCCUGUGCCCGCAGCCGGGUAUAUCCUGACCAGUCCUUUCUCCUUUGCAACCCUCACUGUGAGAGGCACGGUGGGUCUCUGCUCGCUGCCCCCUCCUGCGCUGCAAAGUACGACCAGGACGUGGAGGAGGCAUUCACGCAGAAGUGCGUGUACGUGUGUGCAGGAGAAUGGCACUUCAGAAGAACUCUGUUCCCCGCCGCCAGUCCCGCCCGGAGGCACACUGCGGGCAGCCGGCCCUGGCUCGUCUCGCCGCUCGGUUACCGGCACGACCGAAAACAACAAAGGCGAAGGCUGCGGGGCUGGGAAGGCACGCACGGGGAGCCCUCGGCCAAACUCGCGGCCAGCCCGGCCGCCGCAGUGCGGGGGGCACCGAGCGCCGUGCGCGGCCGCAGUGCGGGGCAGAGCGGCCGCGGCCGCGCUCGGCCGAGCCCGCGCGUGGGAGCGGGGGGCACCGGCGGCGUCCCGGCGGGAAUCACCCCGGGAAGCCCACGGAAGAUGGAUAGCGUACGAAGACGUGCCCUUAGUGCAGCGCUCCUGCUCCAUCAGCUGUCGCAGUGAGAGACAGAGAGGCGCACCCGCCGCGCUCUGCGCCAUGGAGAAGCCUAUCGGCUAGGCACCGUAGUGCCCAAAAUGUACAAAAACAUAUGGACUGGACAAAGGGGCCUUUUUUUUCUUUUUUUUUCUUUUUUUUUUUCCUUUUUCUUUUUCGCGCGGUGUCUCGUCAAUUUCAGAAAUUCUACCGGUGAACUGAAUUCAGAAGGAAAUUUGAGGUUGUGGGGUUUUUAUUUUUCUAAUCUAAAUAAUUAAACUUUCCCUUCCUUCAAGCCACAGGAGACCUGUUGAAUUGAUUCUGUUUCCCUUUCGCUGAUGCAGUGAAACGGCAUGCAGAAAUCUGCAGGCCCCCAUAUUUAGAUGAUACAUUAU